AACUCGCUGCGACAUUCCACCACCCAGCUAACCCCGUUCCAGUGCGUCUUGGGUUAUCAGCCGCUGCUAUUCCCCUGGAACGCCGCCACAACUGACUCCCCGCCAGUUGACGAGUGCUUUCACCGCAGCGAGCAGGUCUGGGAACGCGCCCAUCAACAGCUGGUACGGGCCUCCCACACCGCCAAAAGAAAGGUGGACAGGAGCCACGGGACUCACCCGAUUAUUAGCCUGGGGACAGGGUGUGGCUGUCAACGAGAAACCUCAAGGCACCCCUCUUGGGCGGCAAAUUAGGACCUAAGCAUACCGGGCCUUUCCGGAUCCUGAAACGAAUAAACGAGGUCACUUAUUGCCUAGACCUCCCCAAACACAGCCGCAUUGCCCCCUCAUUUCAUCUCUCCCUACUCAAGUCAGUAACAUCGGGGCCCUUAGCCACGGCGGUUCCGGAGAAUGCCCCGCCGGACCCGUUAGAGAUCGAGGGCCGCCCAGCUUACCGCGUCCGGGUGAUCGUGCACUCCCAACGCAGGAGAGGGGGACUUGAGUAUUUGGUGGACUGGGAGGGUUACGGCCCAGAGGAUCAGUGUUGGAUCCCAUCCUGGGAUAUUCUGGACGCAAGCUUGCGUGACAACUUCCACGCUUCUCAUCCAGAAAGACCGGCAUCCCGGAGGAGAAGAUGGCAUCAGAGCAGUUCGGCUCCCGGAGUGAGCCCUUUGGGGGGGGCUCUGUUACACCACGGUGAACUUGCGGCCACCGAGACAGCGUGGACUACAUUUUCCAGCCACGCCUGCGCUCAAGUUCGCCGGAAUAUUGAGUGCCAACACCUGUGUGCCACCCAAGGUUAUUUAAGACCUUGUUAACAUCAGCGCGGCGCGAAGUAACGCUUAGCUUUCCCUAGACGCUAGCUAGUUACCAAGCUCCCUACUACGCUUCGGACUUACAUGGUUAAGGACUCUAGCCUCGUUUUCUACUUACGAUUCUCAGAUCUUGUCUUGGAUUAUCCCUUUCGCUUCGGACUGAGAGCUUGGCACUUCAUGCCUCCCUCCCCUUCCUGCCACUGCUCGGCCUGCGCUUGCCUCCCAUCUGGUAACCUAACACCAUUUCUGCCAUUAAAGAUGAACUAAAACCAUUGUAAAUAUAUAUAUAGAUUUUUUUUAAACAAUUAAGCAUAUUUUAAUAUUUAAUAGAAUUAAACACAGAUUUGUCGAGUAACAAAUGGUGGGGAAAAUAGAAAAUUAUUUGGAAAAAAAUACAUGAACAUCAAAGAUUUCUUCCUCCCUCUUUCAGAACAAGAUGAUGGAGCUCUUCUCGUCACGUUUAGAUCAGCUCCACAACCACCAGGCAUCUACACUCCAGGAGCUGCAGAUGGCCAGGAUGGAGAUGGGACGUGUGCAGGAGAUGCUGCAGACCUCAACGGAAACCAAUGAGCCUGAAGCAAAGGAAACAGAAAGUACUGACUCAGAUGCACCUUUAGAUGGAGCUAAAGCCCGUCUGGAGGUGCUGAGAGAGAGUUUGUAUAAACGAGAGCGUGAGAUCUCAAUGCUGAUCGAUGGAGGAGGAUUUCAGAAUGGUGUGGCACCAUCAGCAUACACUCGUCUGCUUGCUGCUGUAGUCCGCCAGGCUCAUCUCAUCUAUGCAGAGGUGACAGAGGCAAAGCAGCAGUUUGACCAGAUGGCAGAGGACAACCGCAAAGCUGUUGCUGAGGCUAGAAAUAUACUGACAUCCUUCCAGGACAACCAACCAGAUAUGGAAAGCAUAGAUCUUAGACCUCUGAGGAUGGACCAAUCAGAAAUCAGUCUGGGUGAUCAGGUACCUCAAGCCGAGGUUAACCUGCAGAAGCAUGAAGUCUUACUAGUAGCCCUGGAAUGCAUCAAAGCAGGGGUUACACCCACCACCACUGGCUCUGUCAGUGAGGAUGAACUGACAGCGUUGGAUGAGAGUGUGAAAAGCUUUGAGGAAAGGUUCAAAAACAGUGAUGUCCUAAACUUAGAGGUUGGGAAGAGUGUGGGCCAGCAGCUGCUAUUCCUGCAAGCUGAGCUGAAACAGGCCAAAGAAGAGAACAAGAAAAUGACUGAGCACUACACGGCAGAGCGGACCCUAAGAAAGAAGUACUACAACAUGGUGGAGGACAUGAAAGGCAUAGUUUUUGAUACACAUAUCACAUAAACUUCAGAAUAUUGUGAGGAGAACCUUGGAUUUCGUUGUUUAACUGUAUAAAAAUGUUAAAGUUUCUUUUCUAAUGUCAAUGCUUGGGGAUGUUUUAGAAAAUUCUCAUGCAUUAACUGUUCUUUUAAAUCUAUGAAAUUAUUCUGAUUACUUAUGAUUAUUCUGUAAAACGUCAUUAUAGACAGUAAUUCACAGGUAAUAAUGCACCCAUUACACCUGCAUGUAUUCACAAAUAUGCAAAAGUAUAAACCAGCCCUAAGUCAUGAAUGCAGCAGUUAUUUGGCAACAGUAAUAGUUUAUUACAGAUUUGGUGUUCUCAUAUUUUUACCAGAACAAACCCAUGCAGUUAAGUUAUAUACAUGCAUUCUAAACAGGUAAGGUCCGGGUGUUCUGCCGUAUAAGGCCUCAGACACGGGCAGAGCUGGUGAGGGGCAGCAGCACCAUUGUGUCAUGUUUGGAUGAUUACUCAGUGAUUCUGGAAACUCCACGAGGACCUCGAGAGUUUCAAUUUGACAAGAUCUUCACCACAGAGCACACACAGAGUGAUGUGUUUGAGGAGUCCAGCAGGUAACCAACUGCAGUCCUGUUUCAGGAAUGUAGGAAAGUGAUGAUUUAAAAGGAUAUUCUGUAUUCUGAGGUUGUAUGCCCUCUCCAAAGGCUAAUUCAAUCUGCAAUCGAUGGCUUCAAUGUAUGCAUCUUUGCAUAUGGACAGACUGGCUCAGGAAAAACAUUUACUAUGUUGGGGGAUAGAGAGCAGAAAAAUCCUGGAAUCAUCCCUAGGACUUUCACUAGGAUCUUUGAAAUCAUCCAAGAGAACGAGACAAAAUUUGAGUUCAAGGUGACCUGUAGUCUGACUUGCAAAAAUUGUUCAACAACAUCUUCAAAUUCAUUUUCGCAAAUCUUUUUUUUUCUAUACUUAACCACAUAACUUUUAUUUUACUCCUUUUCAUGUCUUGUAGCACUGGGGUAACAACAGUUUAAAUAAGACAAACAGACAACCAAGAGCAAGAGCAAAAUGUGAAGUAGAAAGAAACAGAUAGAUGCAGAUAUAGAUACAUAUCAUAUAGAAUGCCAUUAACACGGACUAGCAAUCAAUCUAGGGCAAAACUGGUGCGGGUUGACCAGGGUGCAGGUGAAGACACUAAUAAGGGAAUAAUAUAAGCUGCCUGUCCUGGCAUCCCAACCUCAUCUCCAAGAGGAAAUGAGCA